AUGGAACCUACUUUUCCAAUACUAAAACUCCCCAAGAAUGUCAUCGUCCACGUGCUCGAAGGCAUAGAUUUCACUCAACUAUUGAUUUUCUCCCUAGUCUCAUCAAAAACCAAACAACUUGUGACGUCAUUAGGCAUAGAAGCCCGUGAUAUUGACAUCGGCAUUAACCGUAAAAUUAGUAUAAACGUGCACUCUACGAAAUCCUAUUCGUCUCUGAAUUUUUAUGACGAUUCGAAUGAUCAGAAUGAGUUAUCACUCGUAGAUAUCAAUAUCCCAGUUGCUGCUACUUUUCAAUAUCAAUACACAAGAAUUCAAACAUCAGCUCCAUUAUUAAGUUUCAACAAUUGGUUGAAUCACAUUCGGACAAUAUUCUCUUAUACCAAACCACUGAAUGUGUACUUUUGUCAAGGCUGUGAGCGAUUUGAAGUUCAAUCGCUGAAAAAUGCUCUUGGAAAUAUCAAUACGCUAUUUCUGACUGUACCGACUGACGAUUCGAGCAGGAAAAUUUUGAAAUGUUUCGAUUCCUCAAGUGAAUUGUUUCUGAAUAGGAACCCAUUUGAAGAUACUUGUCAGAUUCAACAAAUCUUAAUUUCAAACUGCGAAAUUCUCAGAUUUGUUGACGAAUACUCACUGGAUGACAUGUUACUGAUCAAUAGUGAAAAAGUCAAAUUUUAUCGUUCUGCAACUCAGAAGCAGUUCAACCAAUUCCUCAAACACUGGAUCCGUGGAUCGAAUCCAAGACUGCGACGCAUGUCUCUGUUAAUCACUGGUCUUGUCGACGGAGAAGUGUAUUUAAAAGGAAUCAGAUGCAUGAGGAUGAGCAAAGCUGCAAAAAGGGAAAUCCGUCGAAAACACAACCUGUCAGAUUUUCUCCAUAUGAUUCAAAUAAAACGGAACGACGGGACAGCUGCAGUGGUUGCGAGCGAAAAAUCAGUAGAUAUGCACUAUGUUCGUUUCAUUGUGUUGCACUAA